GUUGCUUCACCCCGCUUUUCUCAACCGAGCUAGAUCAUUAUCUUUGAGUAGCAUGCCCCCGCCCCGUUGGAAAUGAUGAAACAUUGGCGACUGACCUCCAGUGACUGACAAGCUUCCGGGUGGGGCUGGGGGGUGGUGAGGGAGAUGUUUCCAUCAGGACACCACUGAAACACAGACUGGGAUCAGACCUUUCUCAUAGUCCUGGGGAUGUGUCCCAGCUGCCUAGGGUGAGGUCCCUACCAUGGUGACCAGAGCGGAAGCAAAUCUAGGGACGGUUUCUCUGAUACGCAGGACAGAGAUUCAGAGACUGGAAUCUGGGGAGAGGAAAGGAGACGACCCCCCACCAGCAGAGACUUCCCAAGAGCUCUGACGCACUGCCUCACCUCUGCAGGUCUCCAGGGCCGUCCUGCCGGGGGUGCUGCGUGGAAACAAGGUGCCAGAGAGAGCCCGCGCCCCACUCGCCACCCGCGGCGGCCCUCCAGGAGCUUGUCAUGCUAGCUCAGGUCAUGGAGGUCUGGCAUGGAAUCGUGAUCGCAGUAGUGUCGCUGAUCCUGCAGGCCUGUCUCCUCGCAGUCAUCAACUACCUGCUCAGCAGGCACAUGGCCAAGGAAAAUGAGCGCUUAUUGAAAGGGGCCAGGUCCCAGGCCCCCAGCGUUAGUCCAGCUCACUGCUGCCCGCCUGCUGCCAAGGAGAGGAAGGAGACUCGGGCGGAGAGGAACGUCCUGGUGCCCGAGCCCCGCUACCAGCAUGACAGUGACACGUCUUCAGAUAGCUCGGACAGCUCAGACAGCUCACCUCCCACCACCUGCCAGGUCAACAAGGAUGUGAACUACACACAAGUAGUCUUUGCAGCCCCUGGAGAUCGAAGAAAUGACUCUGUCCUGGACUAUGAGAACAUAAAGGAAGCCACAGAUUAUGUCAAUGUUAAGCCAAAGAGCCACAAGCCCAAUUUCUGGACUUUUGUGAACCCUGCUGUCUCUGAACCAGUGGAAUACUCUCAAGUGGUCAUGUGAAUCCUGGGCUUUUUAAUGGGGUGCAGUUCCUUAUGAAUUCUUGCACUUACUUUAUAGGGAAAUUACUGGGUUGUUUUUUUUUUUUUUUUUAAGACGAAGCAUAGGAGGAAAAAACAAGCCUGUAUCUCAGCAAGAAAGAUUCAGAUCAGGAAGAACUUGCAGGUUUCAUGAAAACAUCGGAGCGUAUCAGUAGAGAAAGUGAUUAAAUCUUUCUCCAGAAAAAAUUUUUUAAAGAUUUUAAUCAGCUGUAGUAGAGUUCUGUUUGACAGUCUAAUGAUUAAAUGCCUCUCUGAUGUCUUCAAUUAUUGGGAAUAAACAACUUCCUUAAAAAUUUUAAAUAAAUAGCAACCACCAGUUCCUCUUUUCCUCUGGCCUAACCUUGCAUGCCGUUCCUUUUUGAGUGUUGUAUCUUGCUGAGUAAGCCUGCUCUGCCCUCAGAACUUUAAAUAGUGCACUUGGAAAGCUCACCACUAUUUCACCUUUGAAUCUGCUAGUUCUUAGGAAUUAAAGAUGACAGAGCCAUCUUUAUGUUAUUAAAAAAAAACUUUCCAAAUUCAAUCCAAUAAAAUUCAAUAUCUAUUCUUGG